AUGCCUUUCAGGCUAUGGUCAAAUACAUUCCAAGGGAGAGUUAGAUUUUACCUCGAAAGAACAUACAAAGAAUCAAAACGAUCAAAAUCUGUUUUCCUCUGCGACUUGAGUCUUGGAAUGAUUAUAUCAGUUCCAGGCAGUCUACCUCUGAAAAUGUUUUUCAGAGAGACUGACGCAUUAAUUGAUUUGACUACCGAAGGUAGCAAUCCAACCAACCUCGUACUAACACCAGUUCUCUCAGUGAACAAGUUCAAAAACCAGAAUCCCUUAUCAAGAAGGAGAAGGCUAUCGCUGAAAAGACUGCCAAGCUCGCUGCCGAGAAGAAGGUCCGCAAGGUCGUAA